AUUCGCGCUCUUUCGUAUCUGUAGCCAAGUGAAAAGCCACCAAGUUAGGCUGACUCAAAGAAUCGCACGAGGGCCUGCCACCUGAUUGGAUAGUGUUCAUGAUGCGGUGACAUGGUCGGGGGCGUCUGAUGAAGAUGACUCCCCACACAGUGCAGCGUCACUGUGGACCCUUCAUCGACAACCUUCCACGACGUCCAGCCCUAGAAAGGCACGAGAAGGCUCGGAUGUACCGGAGUUGAUGAGUACAAGCCGUGGAAGUGACAUAUGGAAGCCGCUUCGCUGCAAAGACCGAGCACGAGUAGAAUCGAGGAGAACACUUGCCCAUCUUGGCCCCAAGAAAGAGGUUGGAAUUACAAAUCACCAUGUCCUUGUAUACCGGAUCAGGGAAAGAGUUAUGAUGGGUCCUUUCUACCUCUGUAUGAAGCUUGCAAUGUUUGGAGCUUCCUUUAUAAGGUCUCUCAGGCCACAACCUGCCCACACCCUCUAGUUGCGGAACGGUCUGUUCCCCAGAUCAAACCACACCAGUCUUUGUCCUUCAUCUGAUCCGAUACCUUGGGUCUGGAUUCAUUGGGUCGAAUUUGAUUCCAUUUUUAUGACGAUAACGGCACUUUUAUCCCAUCUUCAGCCCUUGAAUCAGUAUUCGCUAUCACAACAACAUCCGCCUACACGAUAUCAUAUUCAACGACCACACACCAUUGACCAGCAUCCAUUAGCCAGCAUAACCUCCUGGGGGCCUCGAAAACAGCGUGUUAUGUAUAAGCUAGGAGAGUCCAGAUGAUGGCACCUUUGAGAUCACCUGAUAUCCUCAUGCCAGCCCUUACGGGCUGGGUAAUCCUCAGCCUCGCCCGAGGAGCCCUCGCACAUGGGGGGCAUGGCGGCAUGGAGGUGACAGAAGCCGACAAGCCUCUCCCAGAGGAUCAAUACCCACCGACAUAUUUCGCCCAUCCGGACCACAAAGCGGCUAUCUACGGACAUAUUGUCUUGAUGGUUCUGGGUUGGAUGUUUGUACUGCCCGCAGCUGUUAUGCUAUCCCUUGCUCGCUCAAGAUACACCGUCUAUGCGCAGUUCAGCUUCCUCGCUUUAAACACGGGUGGCAUGCUGUUGGGCAUCGUCUACAACGCCAGCACGCCGGAUCUCUACCCAAAUAAUGCCCACCACAAGAUCGGAUGGAUCGUCACCAUCGCUGCCGUAUCCCAGGUGGCCAUUGGACUUUUGGCACGCGUGGCCGGCAUGAUAAAGAGGGGAGAGUUGGGCAACGUGGGAGAACGCCAGGGUUUCAUCCCCGUGUCGACUGAGGCCAUUCAAGCCCACGAAUCAGGAUUUCCUGGUCCCUACCGUCGGUUUUCCCAUGACAGCGGACAGAGCACAGAGCUCGGCUCGGAAACUCUCCGCAGUCACUCUAUCUCGUCACCUCCAACCUCUCCCACUAUCCCUUCACAUCUCGCUCACAAAGAGUACCAACAUGAUGACGGUUUUGAGGACGAAGAUCUCGAGCACAACGUGCCAUCGUUGAAAAAGACUGGCAAGGCUCUCUCGAUGGUGGCAAAGGUGGCUGGCAAGAUCUCGGAUCGCUUCUGGAAAAUCCUCAUGUUUGCCUAUAACUUUGUUGAUCGGACGAUUCUUCUCCUUAGCUUCCUUGCACUCUGCACAGGGCUUAUCACCUACGCCCGAUUCUUUGAGGGCAACGGGAUCUUUAGUGGUCUGGCACAUUGGAUCAAAGGGGGUGUUUUUGUCUGGUUGGGAUGGUGGACGCUCGCUCGUUGGGCUGGCAGUUUUGGCGAUCUUGGAUGGGCUUGGAAUGUCUGUCCGAAAAAGGCGGGCCAGAAAUGGUGUCCUUCUGCCGAAUUCGUCGAAAGUGCCCUCAUCUUCUUUUAUGGAUCGACUAACGUCUUCCUCGAGCAUCUCGGCAAUUGGGGUGGUGAGUGGUCCUCUCAAGAUUUGGAACACGUCUCUAUUACGGUCUUGUUCAUUGGCGGCGGCCUCUGCGGUAUGCUCAUCGAGUCGAUACGCAUUCGCAAUCUCUUGAACUUUCAUGUUGUCGAAACCGCCCAGGAGGAUCACAUAGACAGGGACCAACUCCGCGAGCCAGAGACAUACGCCUUUUCUCUCAACCCCAUACCGGCUCUUGUGAUCAUUCUCACGGGCCUGAUGAUGAGCUCACAUACACAAGAGAACAUGAUCUCGACCAUGGUCCACAAGCAAUGGGGCGAUCUCAUCACUGCUGCGUCGCUUUCCCGCGGCUUAAGUUAUGUUGUUAUGUACCUCAAGCCGCCCAAGACGAUUUACCCCUCAAGGCCACCAACGGAGUUGUUGACGGCUUUUGGUCUUACCGCUGGCGGUUUCAUGUUCAUGGCUAGUUCCAGUGACACGGUCGACGGCAUGAUCCACUAUCAGCUCAACCCGAUGUUCAUGUACACGGUUACCAUGGGCUUCGUUGCGUUGAUGAUGGCGUGGGUGAUUUUGCUGGUGGCGUUGAAGGGUUGGGCGGAAAAACGGGAGGCGGCGGGUAGGUUAACUGGGAGGGCAUUUGCGUGAAACGGUCUCUGCCUGCUGAUCUUCUCAUGGAGAUAAAGGAGAAGGCUCAACCACGACGAUGGAAAAUGACGAUGACCAUGUGUGGAAGAAAAGAAAAGUUGGAGGAAGUUCGGUUUCGGAAAUUCCUUUACGUCGCUUCCAGAGAUACCCCGUUUUAUACCACCUUUUUGGAGAUUUUUAUGUUGCAUCACACACUCUCUUGAUUUUUGUACACUUGUUCACAGUUGAUACCCUUUACAUACAUAUAUACGACUGUUGGAAUUCGUUUGGGGAAUGGGGGGAAUACAUGGAUACAGGAGUGCUGGAUGGAUGAAGAAUAUGGCUAUGAUACAGGCGUACAUGAUUUUGAUUGGGGAAAGAAGGGGCAAGGGGAGGAAGUAAUGACUAUUGCUUAAUGGAGUUGGGUUGUUUUAGGUAUAUAUGGGGGUUUAACAAGGGGGUUGGUUCACCUCUGUCUAUACUGAAAUCAGAUGACGAAGGGGUUUUGUGAGUGGUGGUGUUUGAAUGUCUGAUGUGCUCAAGGGUAAAGGGGUAACGUUGCGAUAUGGCUAUGAGGGGUUUUACAAUGAGUUGGACCAAAAGAAAUAAACACACUUGAGGGAGGCAACCAAGCUACUACUCUCCAAAGUGUUGUACG